AUGGCGGAACGAAAAAGAGUGCCACGGCAACUACAACGGAAAUGGUACCACGGUAACAUAUCUGAUGAUCUGGCAAUGCGUGGAAGCGCCGGUGCAAAAGAACAAGCAUCGGUGGACCUUCGAGGGGCUUGCGUAUCCGAAGGUGUACUUGGUGAUAAUCCCUGUUCGGUGGUCGAACUUGGCGUCAACAGCAACAGCAAGUGGAGGUGCAUGAUGAUAGUGGGGCGUCGCGCUCGUCCACUACGGCGGACAGGGCAUGCAGGUCGUGGUGGUACUGCUCGAGGUAGCAGCAGGAGAUGGCCGGGUCGGGUGCUUGUCAGCAGGCAGCGAAACAAGCUGCUGCUGCUCGAAGAAGGCGGCGGCACGCUUGCGGCUGAACGGAGGGAGGAAGAGGCACGGGCGCGAGGUGGCCCUCAGCUGCCAUGGCCGGAGGCGAGGCAGAGCAGCGAGCUGGAAGUUGAGGUCGUUGGAGGACUAGCUCGCCGGAGUGGCGAGCCAAGCCUCUUCUUGUGGCAAUGGCAGCGAGGAGGAGGCCGUAAAGGGAGUAGAGGAACGGCGGAGCAGAGGACGGGGUCGCCGGAGGCGAUGUUGGCGCAGCACGGCUGGAUGCGCGGGCGCCAUGGCGGGGAGGCGACAAAGCGGAGGUGCUCGAGGCGCGGGAGGGAGAAAAGUCAUGGGGCGGAGCUGACGGAGGAAGGAGGUCAGGCGCUGGAGGGAGAUGGGGACUGA